AUGGAGGAUACCCCUGAUGAUUUAAAUGCAAAUCAACAUGUAGCAGCAUUGCCGCAAGCCGAAGUUGUGACGGACAUUGAAGGAGACGUGCAAGACGAAGUGCGACGGGUGAUCCAAGAAGCUUUAAGAAGGAGACAGCAACGGCAAACACCACUGGCGAUAGUACUUCCUCACGUCACUGCAGAAUCACAAAACGAUGACGAAUCCUCUAAUGACGACGAGGAUAAGAACGAGAAGAAACUUUGCGGACUUUCCAAAUGGGCAUUCUACAUGUUGAUGGUCGUUGCAGUGGGAGGCAUUGUUGGUGGUGUUGUUGUUGCUGCGACGUCAUCUUCCAGCAGUGGCAACGGCACAUCUUCCCCAACUGUAAUUCUGACUCCAAUCACACUGGCGAAUCUUCUGUAUCCUGAUCAAGAUGGGAAAGAUCUUGCGCCAGCGCAGUCUGACGCCAUCCAUUGGAUUGUGGAGACGGAUACUUUCUUUCAGAAUCCGACAGUCACGGAUGAGUUAUUGGAGCGUCAUGCUCUUGCUACAUUGUACUAUGGACUCCGUGCUUAUAAUUGGACUGCUUCCUCCAACUGGCUUAGUGGUACAACUCAUUGUGAAUGGGAAUUUGUCGGCUGCAACGAGAUUGGCUCCGUUAUCAGUUUACAGUUGGACUACAUGAAUGUGCAGCUCGAAUACGAGUAUGAAGGAAUUCUCAAAGGAAGUCUUCCGGCGGAAAUUGGGAGAUUGAGCAACCUAAACGCGCUGUCAUUAGCUGGCAAUGAAAUCACCGGUCAGCUGCCUUUGCAAUUGUAUGAUCUAACGAUGCUAACUCAGUUGAGUGUUGCGUUGAACAAAUUUACUGGUUCAAUCCACAAAGCUGUUGGACGGCUGUCAAGGCUACGAAGCAUCGACUUGGCAAAUAAUCUCUUCCAUGGUGAUUUGCCAUCUGAGAUAGGUUUGUUAAGGCAGUUGGAAGAAAUGUCGUUGGGGAACACCUAUUUGUCGGGGCAGAUACCGAGUGAAAUCGGGAGUUUGGAAUUCGUAAAGACAAUCAAGCUCUCAAGCACGAAUCUGUCGGGCCCCAUCCCCUCGGACAUGCAGAAGCUGCGUCUGCUCGAGUUAUUUGAUAUUUCGGGAUGUGGCUUGGAGUCUACAAUUCCAAGUUUCUCGACUAGUCUGAAGAGUUUGAUUCUCAACGACAACGUGUUUCCCACACUCCCAACGGAACUCUUCCUGCUUGGCAACUUGAGGAAGCUAUUUCUUUCAAAUACGACGCUCAGUGGACAGCUACCCAGUGAGAUUGGUAAAUUGACGUCAUUGACUGAGCUGAUCCUGAGUGAUAACCGUAUCGAAGGUCCCUUGCCUUCCGAACUUGGGAAUUUGAGGCUGCUUUUGUAUUUGCAUAUGGAUGACAACAUGCUCGCCAGCACCACGUUACCUACCGAGCUUGGUAAUCUCGCGAGCAUGGUACAUCUCAGUUUCGAAAACAGUGCUCUCGUUGGAAGUAUUCCCACCGAGUUUGAAAAUCUACAGGAUCUGUGUUACCUAUACCUGAAUGAGAAUCAAAUCAUCGGCCCGAUCCCAAGCGUGGUCGGAAGAAUGGCGAGCCUAAGGAAACUACAGUUGAACAGAAACCUCUUGACGUCCACGAUCCCAUGGCAGAUGUCGCGUUUAAGUAAUCUUUUUUCUAUCAAUCUGAGCAACAACCAAUUGACAGGAAAUGUCCCAGCCUCCAUGUCAAGGUUGGAAGAGAACAUUCAAGACAUUAACCUUUAUGGGAACAAUUUGACAGGUGGAUUGGAGACUUUAUUUUGUGGCUCUCUUCCUGACUUGCAAGAAUUUGUUGCAGACUGCGAGCUUCAAUGUACCUGUUGCACUGGAUGCACGAGAUAG